GCUCUUCCUUUCUUUUCUUCUCUUCUUUUAGCUCUGCUUUAUUAUCCUCUGUAUCCGUGUCUUCUUCUUCUUCUUCUGCAGACACAGAUAUAGAGAGAGAGAGAGAGAAAGAAAGCAGUGAUAACAUUAACAAUGGCGGUGUCUAUGAAAUGGGUUGGUCUUUGUUUGAUGGUUGUGUUGGUAUUGUUCGUUGGGACAAUAGCGAAGGUACGGAACGACCAGAUCUCGGAAACUAGCAAUGUGGAAGUGGUAAGAGAACAAGUGCAAAGCUCAAGCAAUUCAACAAUGGCGUCGAGUUUGGAAAAAGUUGAGGGCAAGAAGGAGCAUGCAGUGGAUGACCCAGAAGAGAUUGCUUCAAUGGUUGACAUGAGCAUCCGCAACAGUACUGAAAGAAGGAAGCUAGGCUUCUUCUCAUGUGGAACUGGUAAUCCCAUUGAUGACUGCUGGCGUUGUGACCCAAACUGGCACAAAAACCGCAAGCGCCUUGCAGACUGCGGCAUUGGAUUUGGCAGAAACGCCAUUGGUGGCCGCGAUGGACGCUUCUAUGUCGUGACUGACCCCGGUGAUGAUGACCCUGUGAACCCCAGGCCUGGCACAUUGCGCCAUGCUGUUAUCCAGGAAGAGCCUCUGUGGAUUGUGUUCAAGAGGGACAUGGUGAUUAAAUUGAAGCAGGAGCUUAUCAUGAACAGCUUUAAGACCAUUGAUGGUCGUGGGGUCAAUGUCCACAUUGCUAAUGGUGCUUGCAUCACUAUCCAGUAUGUCACUAAUAUUAUCGUUCAUGGUUUACACAUCCAUGACUGUAAGCCUACUGGCAAUGCCUUGGUGAGGAGCUCUCCAAGUCAUUAUGGGUGGAGGACUAUGGCUGAUGGCGAUGCUGUUUCCAUUUUUGGUUCAAGUCACAUAUGGGUUGAUCACAAUUCUCUCUCUAAUUGUGCUGAUGGCCUUGUUGACGCUGUCAUGGGCUCAACUUCAAUUACCAUUUCCAACAACCAUUUCACCCACCACAAUGAGGUGAUGCUGUUGGGCCAUAGUGAUUCUUACGUACGAGACAAGCAAAUGCAAGUGACCAUCGCAUACAACCAUUUUGGAGAGGGGCUUAUGCAGAGAAUGCCUAGGUGUAGACAUGGGUACUUCCAUGUUGUGAACAAUGACUACACUCACUGGGAGAUGUAUGCCAUUGGUGGAAGUGCAAGUCCUACCAUCAAUAGCCAGGGCAACAGAUAUGCAGCACCAACAAACCCUUUUGCAAAAGAGGUGACUAAGAGGGUCGAAACCGCUGCAAGCCAGUGGAAGGGCUGGAAUUGGAGGUCAGAGGGAGAUAUGAUGUUGAAUGGUGCCUAUUUCACUCCAUCAGGAGCUGGAGCUUCAGCCAGUUAUGCUAGGGCCUCAAGCUUGGGAGCCAAGUCUUCUUCUAUGGUUGGCUCCAUUACUUCCGGUUCUGGUGCACUUCCCUGCCGUAGAGGCCACCAGUGCUAGUAGUAGUGUAUCUCAGUCAAUUAAAUUGGCCAAAGAAAACCCAUUUUUAUUUAAUUUGUUUGAUUUUCAAAAUUUUCUACAUUACAGCACUACCCAAUAUAUCCUCCAUCCAUUGUUUUCUUUCCGUCUCUCUGUUUCAUCAUAUUUUUGGCAAGUGUACAUUUUUUACACAUGUCAUUAUAUAUUGUUGAAACUAUAUCCCUCAUUCUGGUCUGUCUAUCUUUUAUCGCUCAACCUCGGCCUGCUUCAACUGAUAAACACAAAUGCCAAUUUAGGAGCAGGUGCGGAAGCGUUGUUCAUUUGUUUUCCUCAUUGGCCUCCUCUCCUCUGCUUCAUCACUCAGUCCUCAACUUUAACCACCGCUUGUCCACCUGUCUCUUUCCAGUGUCUCUGUCUUGGUCCCUCCAUACUAUUCUGUCUCUUGAGUUUAUAGGAUUUGAAUGAUUUGUGCUUUUCUUUGCCCCCACCUUUUUUUUUCCUUAAUUUACUAUUUUUUUUUUAUUUUUUUAUUUCCCUCUUUGUUUUGCCUAGUCAUACAAGCAAUAGUAUGAAUGUCAAACUUGGAGUUACGGGAAAACUUUGUUACAAAUGAUAGCAAAUAGCAGUGAUGUUUCUCUUUUUUACUUGUAGCUUUUUCUUUGGCAAUAUGAAAGCAAUCUUUUACUUUUGGUUGUGCAA